ACGAAAAAUCUAUACUAAAUAAAGUACUGACUACUACUAGUGUGAGACUAUAGCCUCCGUGCUUUACGCUUUCCUUUCCUCUCUUCUUCAUCAAAUCUGAUUUUCAAAAAAAGGUGUGGCCGACGAACGAAACUGAAAACAAAAUAAGAAAGAUGAGUGACGGGAGGAGGAAGAAGAGCGUGAACGGAGGAGGUGCACCGGCGCAAACUAUCUCCGAUGAUCGGAGAUCUAGUCUUCCGGAACUCGAAGCUUCUCCACCGGCUGGGAAACGAGCUGUUAUCAAGAGUGCUGAUAUGAAAGAGGAUAUGCAGAAGGAAGCUAUCGAAAUCGCCGUCUCCGCAUUUGAGAAGUACAGUGUGGAGAAGGAUAUAGCUGAAAAUAUAAAGAAAGAGUUUGACAAGAAACAUGGUGCUACUUGGCAUUGCAUUGUUGGUCGCAACUUUGGUUCUUAUGUAACGCACGAGACAAACCAUUUCGUUUACUUCUACCUCGACCAGAAAGCUGUCCUGCUCUUCAAGUCUGGUUAAGAAUUGGAAAACCAGGCAAAGCUCAUAUUGUGAUGUUUCAGUCGCAUUAUCAUCAAUUAUCGCGUUGUAGUUAGUAGUAUCUUGUUUUUGUAUGUAUGUGUUACUUUUAAGGCUUUAACCAACCAGAUUUGGAGAAUAAACCCCUAUAAAAGUCUUUCAGUACAUGUCAUGCAUCUUCUUCAAAUGUAAAUUUUGAUUUCACGAGAUUUAAAAAACCAAGUUUGAUCAA